AUGUCGUCGACCGAAUGGAACGCCGCGGAUCGCGACUCAUCCGGCUGGUCCGCCAACGCGUACAACAGCGCCGCGCACUUCGUCUACAGCGCGAAGAACACGGCGAACGUUCUCGGUCUGCUCUAUGCGAAGCCAGGCGAGCGGAUCGUGGACUUUGGAUGCGGUAGUGGUGAAGUCACGAUCGAGCUCGUCAAGGCUGUCGGGGAGAGCGGUAAGAUCGCUGCAGCGGAUGUUAGCUCGAGCAUGAUCGACAAAGCAUCGAAGAACACCGGUCUUCCCUCUUCGCACCUCAUCGUCGGCGACCUGCAAGACCCCGCGACCAUCGACAAGUUCCCGUCCGAGUUCAUCGGUCACACAGACAAAGUAUUCACAACCGCCACCCUGCACUGGUGCAAACGCGACCCGAAAGCCGUGCUCGAAGGUGCUGCGAAGCUGUUACGGCCUGGAGGGAUCGUAGUCGGCGAGAUGGGUGGCGCGGGGAACAUCGAAACUGUGCGCAUGGCUCUGCAUUCAGCCCUCAAGAACCACAACAUCGACCCCGAACCGCGCGACCCAUGGUUCUUCCCCUCCGACACCGAAUACGCCAAAGUCAUCCAAUCCGCAGGUCUGAAGCCUCUGAGCGUCUCCCUCCACCCGCGCCCGACGCCCGCGCACAGCGUGCCGGACUGGAUACGCACGUUCGCCGGGCACAAUCUGCUGGAGGGCUUGAGCGAGGAGGAUGAGAAGGCUGUUGUCGAGGAGGCGACGCGGGAGGUGCAGAGUAAACUCGUGCAGGACGAGGAGGGCAAGUGGCCGUUGGAUUAUGUGCGCUUGAGGUUUGUCGCUGUCAAGGAAGCAUAA